UAGGAGUGCGCAUGUGUCUUCAGUGUGUAGUGCGCAAGGCUAAUGUGUUUAUGGCAGCGUGCUCUAUCACUUCGUCCAGCUCGGAGCAGUUUCGUAGAGACUGGCUACGCCAGUGCGAGUACCGAUGACCGAGUACCUACGCUUUACUGGCCUGCUUAUGUGGUGGUCGUCGACAGACAGGGAGAGCGGUACAUGUUGAAGCCGUGCUUGAGUCCCGUUUCAGUUGUGCGAUAGCGUCCGCAUGUGCACUUGGCAGUUUUUGGGCUUAGCAGUCGACGCUCGCGGUGUUAUCACGGCUGGCGGCGUUUCCGACUUGACGCGAUUGAAAGACAGACAAAGAGAGAGAGAGAGAGAUAGAGAUAUAUAUAUAUAUAUAGAGAGAGAGAGAGAGAGACAGAGAAAGACCGACCGUCGACUAGCUGGCGCCAUUUCUGGAUCCGUUACGGGCACGCCGUUAAUUAAUCUCGAGUCGUAGAACGAGACAGCACUACAGGAAUUAAAUAACAAUGAUAGAGUUUCAUCAGGUCGUCAUCACAGCGCUGAGCCUGCUGCUCGGCGGCUUUCUCCUUACCGGAAGUCGGCGACGCUUCAUUUACAUGCUCUACAAAACGCUGCCUAGAGAUAUUUUAGGCGCGUACCGAUUUUUUCGAGUUAAUAUACAACUUUGGUGGUGGGAGAAGCGUGAAUAUACCGUCGCGAGAGUGUUCUCGCAGUACGCAACAGCUAAUCCGGAAAAAGUCGCUUACAUUUUCGAAGAUAAGGAAUGGAAAUAUAAAGAGUUGGAGCAAUUCAGCAAUCGUAUAGGACGUUACUUCCGCACGAGGGCAUUUUCGCGCAAUGACAGUAUAGCUCUGGUCAUGGAGGGUCGUCCGGAGUACGUCGGUACCUGGCUGGGUCUUAGUAAGGCCGGCUUCGUCGCGGCUUUGGUCAACACGAAUCUUCGGCAGGAAACGUUGCUUCACAGCAUCAACGCUGCCGGCUGCAAAGCCGUCAUCUUCGGCUCCGAACUUACAGAUGCAAUUCGCGACAUCAGGAAUAAAAUCCCCGACAUCGAGCUUUACCAAUGGUCGGAGCUGGCGGGCACCCCCCUUUUGGAAGGGGCGAUCGAUCUCAACACGGAAAUCAGCAGCAUCGAUUCCGGACCCCUCGUUGUCGAACUUGACAUUGGCAGCCCCCGGGACAAAUUGAUUUAUAUCUACACGUCCGGUACGACGGGAAUGCCAAAGGCCGCCGUUAUCAAUAAUUUGAGGUACAUGUUAAUCACAUGCGGCGUGAACGCAAUGCUUAAUCUACGUUCGGACGAUCGAAUUUACGAUCCUCUGCCUCUUUAUCAUACCGCAGGUGGCAUAAUCGGAGCAGGACAAGCACUGAUGGGGGGUGUCACCGUCGUGCUCCGUAGACGGUUCAGUGCAUCCAAGUUUUGGGUAGAUUGCGUCCAUUAUGACUGCACCGUAGCGCAAUACAUCGGAGAAAUCUGCCGUUUUCUUCUCACGGUUCCUCCUGGUCAGUACGACAAAACGCAUAAAAUACGCUUAAUGUUCGGAAAUGGCUUGAGACCGCAAAUUUGGGAGACUUUCGUAAAAAGAUUCGGCGUGAAACAAAUAGGCGAGUUCUACGGAGCCACUGAGGGAAACUCCAAUCUCGUCAAUAUUGACAACACAGUUGGCGCCGUUGGUUUCGUGCCCAGAUAUGCAAGUGUGUUAUAUCCUGUCGGAUUGUUGAGGAUCGACGACGAGACUGGAGAGCCGUUGAGGGGAUCCGACGGAUUCUGUAUACCGUGCAAACCUGGUGAGCCUGGCGUUUUUGUUGGCAAGAUUAACCCGAAGAAAGCCAUAAACGACUUUAGCGGCUAUGCGGACAAAAAGGCAUCUGAGCAGAAGAUCAUACAUAACGUUUUCAAGAAGGGUGAUCGUGUUUUCAAUUCUGGUGACAUUUUGAUCAUGGACGAAUAUGGAUACUUUUAUUUCAAGGAUAGGACCGGCGAUACAUUUAGGUGGCGAGGUGAAAAUGUUGCUACUUCGGAGGUGGAGGCUAUUGUCAGCAAUGUAAUAGGACUUAAAGACGCAGCUGUGUACGGUGUCGAGGUACCAGGCAACGAGGGUAAAGCAGGAAUGGCAGCUAUAUACGACCCGAACAAUUCCUUGGACCUCAAAGAGUUGGUAGAGGGAUUAAAGAAAUCUUUGCCUACCUAUGCCAGACCACUUUUCAUUCGUGUCCUGUCGGAAUUAUCGAUGACCGGUACGUUCAAGCUGAAAAAGAGAGAUCUCCAACAGGAUGCAUUCGAUAUAAAAAAGAUUAAAGAUCCGGUUUAUUUUCUCGACAAGAACACCUACGUCAGGAUGACAGAUGAACUUUACAACGAUAUUAUACAAGGAAAAAUCCGGCUAUAAUUUCUCAUUUUAUAAUUCGUCCGCGUGUUUAUUGUUCUUCCAAAUACGAACUUCUUUUCUAAUGAAACAUGUUGACUUGGACACAUUUUAAUAUAUUUGUCAUAAGAUUUCAUAAGUUUUCAGUGGUUAAGAUGUAUCAGACAGUAAACGAUAUGUUUGUGGACCAAUAGACCAUCGUGCAUGUCUUAGUUUGCAAAUUCACGUGUGCGCAAGUUAUGUAUAAUCUGAAAGUUAUAGGUCUGUCGUUAAUACAGCAGUUGAUACUUUGCAGUUUAUGAAUUGUUUAUGAAAGUAAAUUUACGCGACAAUAACAAUAUAUUUGCAGUACUUCGCAAAGUACAGCAAAGUACAUAGAAAUUCACACAAUGUCAUUAGAUAGAUAAGAGCACAUGAGCGUAAAAGGGAAAUGUUAUACCUAAAUUUAUGUUAAGCAAUCUGUAUAUAUUGU